AUGUACGCCACCUGCGUCAUCUGGCUGGGCUUCUUUCCCAUCUACUUCGCCGGGGACAACAAAGAGAUCACGUUGUGUUUGUCCGUCUCCCUGAGCGCUGCCAUAGCCCUGGUGCUGCUCUUUGUGCCGAAGGUGUACGUCAUCGUCUGGGUGCCGGAGAAAAACACAAGAGGAGCUUUCACAACUUCGAAGGAUGUAAGGUGCCACAUCGGUUCUAAGUCAAUGAUUUCUGGCGACAGUAUUGACAUCAGGGAGAGUAGCACAUGCGACAGCCUGUUUAAAGCAGACAAAGGUCAAGGGAAAUACUGGAGACAGAAAUCUUUGGACGAGAAACGGCUUCG